GUGUACCAAAAGUCACAACGCAACAGAAAAAGAAUGAGCAGCAUGGACACUGACACCGACCGUCAAUACAGCCUGCAAAACAGACCAUAUAUAGCGAAACAGAAACAGAGCCCUUUCCCCUUCUAAGAACCAUCUCCACAAAUCCCUUUGAAAAUCAUGAAAUUCCAAUCCCAGUCUAUGAUUCCUUGAACGCAAAAUAAGAAAAAUUCGAAUUCCCAAAUGGGUUCUCUGCAAAAGCCUCCAUCUCUGUUCCUUUUCCUCUCAAUUUCGCGCCUAUUUUUCUUCGCCAUGGCUGCCACAGACACCACAUCCUUGGUUUUCAAGGGCUGUUCUCCGCAAAAAUUCCAAGACCCAUCUGGAAUUUACGCCCAAAAUCUCAAAUCCCUCUUUUCUACACUGAUUUCUCAAUCUUCCCAGAAAGCCUUCUUCUCUACAAGCUCCGGCGAUGGCGGAAAUGCGAUUCAGGGACUGUUCCAAUGUAGAGGCGACCUCUCAAUCCCACAGUGCAACGACUGCGUUAGCAAGAUUCCGGCUAUGGUGGACAAGCUCUGCGGCCAGGCCGUGGCGGCCAGAGUCCAACUCAUCGGUUGCUAUUUACACUACGAGGUUGCCGGAUUCCGACAAGUUUCAGGGAUGGAGUUGCUUUUCAAGAUUUGUGGGUCGAUUCAAGCCGUCGGAAGUGGGUUUGAAGAGAGGAGGAAUACAGCUUUUGAAAUGGUCGAAACUGGGGUAAAAAAUAGCGGUGCUCUGUUUUACACUGGAAGUUAUCGAUCGCUUUAUGUGUUGGGACAGUGCCAAGGGGAUUUGAGCGGCGGCGAUUGCAGCGAUUGUGUGAAGACGGCGUCGGAGAGGGCCAAUAGUGAGUGCGGUUACGCCAUUUCCGGGCAGAUUUAUCUGAACAAGUGCUAUGUCAGUUACAGUUACUACCCAAAUGGGAUCCCCAGCAUAUCAUCAUCUUCAGGGUCGAGCCAUAAUACACAGAGAACGGUAGCCAUUGCAGUGGGAGGCUUUGCAGCUUUGGCCUUUCUUAUUGUUUGUUUGCUCUUUGUUAGAUCAGUGAUGAAGAAAAAAGGUAAACAUGGAGGCUGAUUUCUCGCUCUUUCACGGUCAUUUUCAUUACGUAUCGUAGUAUUGUAAAUGAAGAUAGAGCAGCACUUUUUUCAUAUAUUUGUGAGUGUUCGAGCCAUUUUGUACACAUCUCGAUUAGACGAUACCUUGUUUAUAGAUACAAGAUCGGAUAUAGUCGAAACAAUAUGAUUUCUACGAAGAAUUU